CACUGACGUCGUGGUCACCAUGACGGAGCCACAUUGUCUGCCUCUGCCUUUUAAGCACAAUUUUCUUAUUUACUCCCUUGCCCAAUUGUUUCUAGAUUGAUCACUGCAUCGUCGUCGUCGUCAUUGUCGUUGUUUGAUUCGAAAUUCCAAUUGGGUUUGCUGUUGUUUGGUGGUUUGCUGAAUCCUAGCUCGACGUAGCUCGCGACCAUGGUCUCACUGGCCCAGAGCUGCAUGAGCUCCGGUGUUGCGAGGGGCAGUGUUGCGUUUUUCACAGGCUCCGCUCUCAAUGGCUCCUCCGUGGCCUCUGUCAAGUCUGUUCGCGUUGUUGCUCCACCUGCCAGGAUUUGUGCCGUCAAGACCCCUGAGGAGUGCAAUGACGAGGAGUGCGCCCCUACCAAGGAGGUUGGAAAAUUGAGCAUGGACUGGAAGACUGAGGAUAACACUAAGGUGACAGGGACAUACCCGCCAUUGGCCCGCCAGGAGAAAAAGUGGACCGGAUACGUAGAGAAGGAUACCGCAGGGCAAACUAAUAUCUACGCUGUCGAGCCAACGAUCUACGUUGCUGAGAGCGCCAUCAGCACGGGUUCUGCUGGAGGAGCUGCUGACGGUUCAGAUAAGGCCCUCGCCGUUGCUGGAGGACUAGCCCUCAUCGCGGUUGCAAGUGCCGCUUCCAUUCUUCUGUAUGUAGGUCAGAACGCACCAGCACCGGCGACCACGUACGACGGACCUCCAUUGAGCUACUAUGUUUCCAAGUUUACCCAGGAGACUGCGGCACCCCCUGACAUAACAGCACAAGUACCCCCCAUACCGGAAUCACCACCUCUUGCCGACGAGUCGUCUCUCUCAAAACCUGAGGUUGCCCUCUCCUCAGAAUCUACGUCUGCAGAAUCUGAGGCCGUUCCAGAGAAGGCUUUGGAGGCGUUGUAAGGCACUGUUUCUACCGUGACCCAGUUGGGUCAUGCGAGGAUGUUUCGAUUACUGCUCUGCAAGCAGUAAAACUUGUCUUCCUUGUUUUCUUAUGAUCGUGAAACUUCAGUUUAGAGAUGUAUUUUUAAUUUAGAGGCUUGCAUUAACUUGAGAGGGCCAUUCCCUUCUGUAGUAUAUAUCAAUCUGCAUGGUAAAUGCGGUGCGAAUUCGGUGAAAAUAUUACACCCGUUGUUUAAUUGGCAGUAGUUUAGCUAAUGUAUCAUGAGUAGUGUGCAGUACAGGAUUGACUAACAGCCGUUUAGUCCAGAGCAUGUAAGAGAGGGUUGGGUGGUUAAAAAUUGCCCGUUUCCCUGCUUCUAGUAAAUUAAUCUUUUGAAAUGUGUUACCAGCUUC